AUGUACACCGUCAACGUGGGCGACCGGCUGGAUAGCCUGGACACGCCUUCAAUGGUCGUGGAUCUCGAUCUCAUGGAGGCAAAUAUCAAGAAGCUUUUCGACAGCCUACUACCCACGGGCGCGAACAUCCGCCCCCACCUAAAGACAACAAAGAGCGCAGUUCUUGCUGGCAAGCUCGCCGCCGCCGGUGCCAAGGGUUGCUGCGUAGCCAAAGUAUCAGAAGCAGAAGCCAUCACAGCGGCGGGCUUCGACGACAUCCUCAUCACCUGCGAAAUCAUCGGCGCCCCCAAAGUGAAGCGUCUUGUUGAACUCUUUAAGAAAAACAAGAAGAUUAGAACCGUCGUUGACAGCGAGUUCGGAGCGACGGCAAUCAACAAUGCGUUGGAAGAGGCCGGUGUCGAGGAGCCGAUCCUCACGCUGAUUGAUCUGGAUGUUGGAUUGCAUCGGACCGGCGUGGCCGCAGGCGAGCCUGCUCUGGCUCUGGCGAGGCACAUCGGAAACCUCAAGCAUCUCCGUCUAAUCGGCGUGCAAGGAUACGAGGGUCAUCUACAGCACCUCCACAGCCGAGAAGAUCGAAAGAAGCAGUGUCUUGAGUCUAUGAAGACGCUCACGGAGACCGCAGAGGCUCUCCGCAAAGCAGGCUUCGGCAUUGAGGUCGUCACAACGGGCGGCACGGGUACCGCCGAGUUCUGCGCCACUGUUCCGGGAGUCACGGAGCUGCAGCCGGGGUCGUUUAUCUUCAUGGACACGGACUACCGCAACGCGGUCGGCUCAUUCUACUCCAACAGCCUGACUUUGCUGGCUACCGUUAUUAGCAAGCAGGGCGAACGACAGGUGACGAUUGACACGGGGCUCAAGUCUCUGACGACGGAUAGCGGACUGGCUGAGUGUAAGGACAGUCGCUAUAAGCACGCCAACCUGGGAGACGAGCAUGGUUCGCUCAGCUGGGAUGAGGGAACCCCCUCGUUGGCUGUGGGGGAUAGAGUCGAAAUGGUUCCGAGUCACAUUGACCCGACGAUCAAUUUGCACGACUGGUAUUAUGCCCAUAGGAAUGGCGUUAUCCAAGAAAUUUGGUCGGUUGACUCCAGAGGAAAGGUCCAAUGA